AUGCCAGCGUCACCCACUGCCAGCCGUCACCCACUGCCAGCCGUCACCCACUGCCCGCCGUCACCCACUGCCAGCCAUCACCCAUUGCUAGCCGUCACCCACGCCAGCGUCACCCACUGCCAGCCAUCAUCGACUGCCAGCCAUCACCCACUGCCAGCCGUCACCCAUGCCAGCGUCACCCACUGCCAGCCAUCACCCACUGCCAGCCGUCACCCACUGCCCACUGUCACCCACUGCCAGCCAUCACCCACUGCCAGCCAUCACCCACUGCCCGCUGUCACCCACUGCCAGCCAUCACCCACUGCCAGCCAUCACCCACUGCCUGCUGUCACCCACUGCCAGCUGUCACCCACUGCCAGCCAUCACCCAUUGCUAGCCGUCACCCACGCCAGCGUCACCCACUGCCAGCCAUCACCCACUGCCAGCUGUCACCCACUGCCCGCUGUCACCCACUGCCAGCCAUCACCCACUGACAGCCAUCACCCACUGCCCGCUGUCACCCACUGCCAGCUGUCACCCACUGCCAGCCAUCACCCAUUGCUAGCCGUCACCCACGCCAGCGUCACCCACUGCCAGCCAUCACCCACUGCCAGCUGUCACUCACUGCCAGCCAUCACCCACUGCGAGCCGUCACCCACGCAAGCCAUCACCCACUGCCAGCCAUCACCCACUGCCAACCGUCACCCACUCCCAGCCAUCACCCACUGCCAGCUGUCACCUAUUGCUAGCCAUCACCCACGCCAGCCGUCACCCACUGCCAGCUGUCACCCACUGCCCGCUGUCACCCACUGCCCGCUGUCACCCAUUGCCAGCCGUCACCCACUGCCAGCUGUCACCCAUUGCCAGCCAUCACCCACUGCCAGCUGUCACCCACACCAGCCGUCACCCACUGCCAGCUAUCACCCUUUGCCAGCCAUCACCCACUGCCAGCCAUCGCCCACGCCAGCCCCAUGCCAGCCGUCACCCACUGCCAGCCAG